CUGCACCGAUAUUCAAAAAUGAUUCCCCCCUAGAAACAAGAGCACGACUAACUGGACGUUCCUCCCGGGAGUUCUGUCCGUGGUGCACACGAAAGAUAAGGCAGCAAUAUAUGUGUCAUUGCAUUUUCAACGGUGAUGUGAUCGAUGGCACCUCUGCUUUGAACCAUUCAGUGAACCAUCUUGAGUGAAGUGCCUCUAUACAAAGAAAUGGCAGAGCAAGUUAUAACUCACCAGGACACAGCAGAUAACAGGGAAGACAAAACGCAGUCCACAAAUAUGGACCAUGUUUCACCUUGUGAUGAGGACGAACCAGAAAAGACCAAUAUUGCGCCGAAUGUAAUGCAGCAACACUCAGAAGAUUCAGCUUCUUCAUCUGCGUCCACAAACAGAGAGGCUGAGAACGACAGUGGUGAAGCUCCAGAGCAGGCUGAUGUCAAAAACAGUGGCAAUGGUUCGGCUGAAGAGAAUAUCGUGCUUCUUAUAAAAGGACCUCAACAUGAAGAGAGCAGCGGCCCUUCUCAGGAUGAUGAUGGAAGUCAUGGUGAUUGCAGGAGAGACACACCAAAAAAGGCGGAUCUGACCACGAAAGCUGAGAUUUCCAAGGAAGAUCUCAUUGUGGAUAAGAAAGCACCAGAAACAACUGUUUCACUAACCUUGAGUGACACAGAGGAUGACGCUGCCAAUGGACCCAAAGAUGGACUCAAUGAAGAAUCUUCUGGAGCUGGAUCGGGUGAUGGAAGAGCCCCAGAGUGUGCUUUACCUCCUGAAGACAGGGACAUACAGGAUAAUACAACCUCCCUGAAGACAGCAUUGCCAGAGGAAGGCUCAGAGGAGAAAGAGACAGAUGAACAGAGAAAUAAUGUGGAAAACAUUGGCCCUGCCACUCAGGAGACUACUGAACCCACAGUUCCAGAGGUUACUGGAGUUCUUGGAGGAAGUGUAAGAUACCUGAUAGCAGCAGGUAUAGUGGUAGUUGUUGCCAUCCUGGUGAAUCAUCUCCUCCAGCCUGAGUCUCGACCUCAGGAAAACAAUGUAGACAUCUUCUUCAGCCGAAUGGAAGCAGUAAAGGCUCAGUUCCCUAACCAGCGUGCUGAACUCUGGAACAGGAGCAGGAUCCACCUUCAGAGGCACCUCCAGACGGACCAGCCCACAGCGCCAGUGAGUCUCAUCCUGACUGCCGGCCUCAGAGCGAAGAAGACACUGCACUGCCUAGCUCAUGGCCUGGCGUCCGCCUUCUCUUCUGCCCUCAACGCCUCCGUCCUCCACAUUGACGGAGCCAGCACAGCCAGCCAAGACAGCGACCAGGUCAAACUGGACAUUGACAGCAAGUUACAAGGAGCUUUCGAGGGAGACAAACCCGUGGCUAUCAUUCACCGCUUCGAGGAGCUGCCUCCAGGCUCCACGCUCAUUUUCUACCGCUACUGUGACCACGAGAAUGCUGCCUACAAGAAGACUUUUCUCAUCUUCACAGUGCUGCUGGAGGAUGAAGAGGAGAUUCCUGCCAAGAUUAAUUUGAAUGCUGUGGAGGAGAUGGUGGACGACCACCUUCAGAAGAAAUUCCUUUCUCAUGGCCGCCCUGUUUCUUUCGACAAGAUGGACCUUGACAAGUACGGCGGACUGUGGAGCCGUAUUUCUCACCUCAUUCUUCCUGUGGCACUUGAGGAAAGGAUAGAACAUAAAGGAUGCUAAGACGUAUUAAUGUUUGCAGUAUGAAUACUAAAAUACUGCCUUACAUAUCAGACCUCUCGCUGGGUGACUGCAGUCAUUCUGGGACUGAUAAAGUGGUUUUCAAAGACCCAAAGGAAGGUCACUACAGAUGAAGUCAUCAAGUAGAAAUCAGACACUUAAGAUCAUUAUGCUGUGGGACAUGAAGAAAAUUUAUGUGGACAUUCGUCAUUAAAAAAAAAAACAUUUGACAGAAAGGCUGUGGCACUUUAUUCUAUUAGUCCCAUGAUGAAGUGUAAUUAUAGACAAGUUGUAAAAUGAAAAGUGAUUCUGUUGGGGAGCUGUGUGGAUUGUUACGGUAUAUUCAACUGUAACUGUGUAAAUUGUAAUAUGUGUAAAUUUUAAAAGUUAUUUAAUGUAGGAGUAUUGUUCGUCUAUGGGUAACUAUCAAAAGAGUUACAUGGCAGAACUGUUGGUUUGGCAUCACAACGCAAGGUUUAUUGUUUUUCAUGACACAUUUUUUGUGUGUGAUUCUCAAACCUGCACGGCACCAUGCGCCUUAACUGAGCUUUUCAUGUACCAUUUUAUAUCCAUGUCACACUACUUGAAGUUUGAUGAAGGGAAAUACGUACAGAAUGAAAUGUGCCUUACAGUUCGAAUAAACACGCAAGUUCAAAUGCU